AUGAAUGAAUUAUACAAAAAUCGUUUCGAUACUGAUCAUUUACAUGAUACAGUAAUUUCUGAACUCCAAAAAAUCGAAUCAAUUCUCAACUCCUUAAAUCAAUUUGUUAGAGAUAAAUUCAAUGAAUAUCCUGAACUGAUUAGUUAUAUUCAAGAAUUGGAAGAUAUCCUAACUGGAUUGAUAAAACUUUAUAAUGAGUCGAAUAAAAUUACAAAUGAAGAUUUGGAACAUGCUUAUAAACAGUCGUCUGAUUUCCUAGCUGAAUUUCAAUCAGACACUACAUGUUUCGAUACGGAAGAAGUAGUUGAAAAGAUACCAUUAAAAAUUCAUACCGAAAUCGACGUUAAUAACAACGCUAACUGUAUUUCGAAUUUGAGCAGUAUUAAAACUACAACGCAACCGGAACUUCUUGGUAAGUAG